AUGAGCUCGCCGCAGAAGAAGACCGCCGCCGCAACAGAGGGUAACCUCUCUGCCGCGUCGGGGACAACUCAGUCGGAGAUUGUCCUCGAAGGUUCCUCUGUAGUCAACGACGCCGUUGACUACGAAGACGACGACGUGGAGAUGGAAGAGGCCUCGCCCUCUUCCAACAAGCGCAAGGAGUCUAUCGACAGUGAUAGUCUCGACCCGCAUGCCGGGUCGAGACGCCCUCGUGAAGGAGACGACUCGGACGCUUCGAGCUCGAAGCGUUCGCGCGGCGAGAGCAAAACUCCGCUCUCCGCUGCUGGGGCUUUAAGCUCCCCGCAGAUCGCAGACCGUGUGGGCAACACCGUGCCUCCAAAUGAAAUUCCGCUGUACGUAUGCAGCGGGAUUCACGAUGAUGCUGUGGCGGAGGAGCAGCACUUUGAUCCGUUAACGAAUCAAAGGCGCGAUUACUGUAUCGGACUCUUUCACGAGCUCCGAUACUUCUCCAGCAAGAAGACCUCUUCUCGCAGCAAAAUGCCUGAGUGGCAGGCACUUUGUCAAAGUUGGAAUGCUUUUGUUGAGAACUUCAACAAGAAGCCGGCUGCUUACCGUGAGCGGGUUAAGCAUGCCCCGCUGGAGCAGCUCCACAGAUCCUCUGUGGACGCUGGUAUUCCAUGCGCUGUGCCCGAAGGCCAUCAGUGCACGUUGUGUCUUCCAGGUGCGAGUCUCAAGGAUCUCCGUGCCAAGUUCCUCGCACGUGAGGAACGCGACGAUCGUGGGACCUCGGGCGCGGUAGGUGACCACAGCGCUCGCACUACCUUCGCGUCGGCGGUGCGUGGUGAGCUUCGUACGCCCUCACCAUUUCUGGAAUGUCCUGCAGCAGGACAUCCCGCGGCUCCCAUGUAUCUUGGUGGGGCGGAAACCCUCUCCAACGAAUACGAUAACGAACCGGCUGCCGGUUCGUUUUCGGGAUACUAUGGUUCACAAUACGAUCAACAAUCCAGCGUGUUGAGCCGCGGGCGUCGCGGAUCGGAGGCGGCGGUGGUGGGAACACGCCCCGGGUAUGGUCAACCAGGGGUUGACCUUGGCCCGACGCUCGAGGAGCGGGUCGCUGCUGUGGAACAGCAUCAGAGCCGGGAGCUCGCCGCUUUGAUGCAGGAGGUGCCGAUUAUGAGGGCUCAAGUCGCUCAGGCCUCGCAGACCGCGUCGGACAUCUCUGUCGACGUGGGAGGUCGCGUCGCACGCUUGGCCCAGCGCGUUUACGCGCUGGAGCGGAGGUUCGCUCCCGCUGGGGCUUCCGCUUCGGGCCAGCCGAGCUAG